UUGGAGGAGUUAAGUACAAUUAUGGCUGGAGAGCUUAAUGGUGACAGUGAAUCUCAAGAAAAAGAUGACAAGGAUUUAGAUGAAAAAAGCAAACUUGCCUACCGAACUAGUGAAAUGGAUAUUGAUGAAUGCUAUCACCAAGUCAGGUUCUUGGAGAACAAUAAAUUGGUGAAGAACAUUGGGAAGGUUGGCCGUGAUCUCAGAAAUCUUGGAUUUACGUCUAUGACUGAAGAUGCCUAUGCUUCUGUUAUCUUUCUGCUUCUAAAGGAUGAGGCUCUUAAUGUACCCGAUCCUGUUGAGAAGCUGCUCUCUGAUUAUGCAAAGAGCUUUAAUGAAAUCAAAACCCCUCGUAAGCUUCUGUGGAAGAAAAAUCUUGGCACAGUAAAGUUGGAGUUGCAAUUUGAAGAUAGGGCAGUGCAGUUCACAGUGGCCCCUGUACAUGCAGCAAUUAUUAUGAAAUUUCAAGAGGAAACAAGUUGGACCUCUAAAACUCUUGCAGCUGCUAUUGGGAUACCUGUAGACGUACUCAAUCGGCGGAUAAAUUUUUGGAUAAGCAAGGGAAUCCUUGAAGAAUCACUUGGAGCAGUCUCUAGUGACCAUGUGUUUACCCUGAUGGAAGGCAUGAUUGAAACUAGUAAGAAUAGUGGAAAUAGUGGGAGUUCUGAGGACCUUGUAGCAGGUGAUGAGGAUGGAGAGAGGUCUGUCAUCUCUGCCGAGGAUCAACUACGGAAGGAAAUGACUGUCUAUGAGAAAUUUAUCAUGAGGAUGCUCACAAAUUUUUCAAGCAUGGCAUUAGAUCGAAUGCAUAUAUAAUACUCUCAAGGUAAGAAUUGUUUUAACUUGCCCCAUAAUUUGAUUUAGGUACAGAUAGCAUGAUUGCCAAGUAGAAUACUUUAAACACGUUGCUGCAGAUGUUUUGUGUAGCUGAUCCCUCUUAUGAUAAAUCACUCCAAUUAGAGCUUCUUAUCUGUUCUAGUUUCUGAAGAUAAGUUGGAACUAAGAGAUGGAAUGUACUUUCUGAAGAAAUAUUGAGUUGAUAGAAUUUCAACCCAUCCUCUGAAUCAUUAAGCAAUAGCACUGGUGAGACUUUUUGCAGAUUUAAAUGAAACAACAGUUGGAAAUAAUGUCUGUUGUAAUAUCUUUCUGCUUUGUUACCCUCCCUCCCUCAGAUUGAAUGGAAAAUGCAAAUAGUGGAAAGUAA